GCUAAAUGCUAGUUUUAAAUUUUGUGAGAGGGUAGUGAAAAUAUGUUGUACCCAAUGUUCAUUGAUGUAAACAAUCAAUUGAAAGUAGAUACUUGUUUUGCUACCGUUUCGACAGCUAUUUUUUAAAAAAGAAUUGCCAAAGAUUAAUUAUUAUUUUCAAAAUUAAAUACGUCUUGCCUGCACUAGAUACAUAAUGGAUUGGCCGGGUAGAUGGACUCAUGUUGAAAAACUUUUAGUUAGAAACGGCCCAUUCGCUCAUGAGGACUUUUCUCCAGGACCGCAAGUUUUUGAUUUUGUGCGCAAUGUCUGUAAUGUGCUUGUUAUUGGAGCCGGUGGUCUUGGAUGUGAACUUUUGAAAAAUUUAGCUAUGCUUGGAUUUCGAAAUAUUGAUGUCAUUGAUAUGGAUACAAUUGAAAUUUCCAAUCUAAAUCGGCAGUUCUUAUUUAGGGCAUCAGAUGUUGGAAAACCUAAAGCUGAAGUUGCUGCUGCCUAUAUAAACAAGCACAUUGAAGGGUGUAAUGUAACUCCUCAUUUUAAAAAAAUCCAAGAUUACGAUGAUUCUUUCUAUCGAAAAUUUCAUAUUAUUGUUUGUGGCUUGGAUUCAAUUGUUGCCAGGAGAUGGAUUAAUGGAAUGCUGAUUGGUAUCAAUGCUGAAGAAAGUGAACAAGAUGGCUCUCUUAUUCCAAUGAUUGAUGGUGGUACAGAAGGCUUCAAAGGAAAUGUCAGAGUAAUGUUGCCAUCUAUGACUGCAUGCAUAGAUUGUACAUUAGAUUUGUACCCUCCUCAAGUUACAUUUCCACUUUGUACAAUUGCUCAAACACCGCGACUGCCUGAACACUGCAUUGAGUAUGUGAAAGUUUUACUUUGGCCAAAAGAACGAAAAGAUGAAGCCAUUGAUGGAGAUGACCCUCAACAUGUGAAAUGGAUUUAUGAAAAAGCUCUUGAAAGAGCUGCUGAAUAUAAUAUAUCUGGUGUCACUUAUAGGCUUACUCAAGGUGUCAUUAAAAAUAUAAUUCCUGCUGUAGCGUCUACUAAUGCUGUUAUAGCUGCUGCUUGUGCCACAGAGGUUUUUAAAUUAGCUACUAGGGAUAAUUGUUUGGCCUGUAGUCAAAUAGUGCAUACAUUAACAUUCUCUGAGCUUGAUAAAUUGCAAGAUGUAAUUGACUUUCUCAUUGAAAAUGCUGAAUACCAAAUGAAGUCUCCUGGGUUAACAACUUCCAUAGACGGAAAACAUAAAACUUUGUAUAUGCAAUCCAUUCAGUCUAUUGAAGUUGCUACAAGACCCAAUUUAAAGAAAACCUUAAAAGAUUUGGGGAUUGUUGAUGGCCAGCAAAUUGUAGUAGCUGAUUCUACUACUCCCACCUCUGUGAUUUUUAAGUUAAACCUUACCUCCAAGAUGGAAAGUUAGUUCUUCACAUUUAAAUAUUCUAUGCAAUUUAUGUAUUUUUCAUGUUGUUUGUAAUAAAUGCUUCAAGUAUUUGAAAAAAAAAA